AUGAAACCAACUGCUAUCAGUAGUGUGAAUAUUAUAGUGGUGAUGACAGAAUACACCACCAAUAACAUGGAGUACUUUGCCUUUGACGAUGCGGAUAUGUUUCUCGACUCCAUCUCCGGAGCUAUAGGUGACGUAUCACCAUCUUCCAUUGGAACAUUGGAAAAUGAUGUCAACGGUUCUGCCAAUAGCGGAGGAGUAUCGAUGUUUGAAGAAUCAAACGACGGAACGUAUGGCUUUAUGCCCACAAUGAUUAAGAAUGAAUCUGUUUCUUGGAACGAAGAAAUGAACCAAAAUAAUAUGUUUGGGGUUAUUGCUGAACAACAACAACAACAAUCUUACCAGCAACACCCUAUGCAGCCACACAACAAUUCAAUAUCCUCAGCUUCUUCAAUGAAUUCUUCUCAUGGAGAUUCUCUAUUCAACGAUAUGAAUGUGCAAUCAUCGCAGAUGUCGAGUCACUCAUAUUCCAAUGAGUCAAGUAACUUGACGCCAGAAACAAACAUAUCUGUUUCUUCGAACUAUACAUCCCCAGUCAACAUCAACACUUUGAUGACGAAGACCUCUUACCGGAACGAAUCAAUGGGUGCGGAACAGGUUGGUUCUAAUCCUGCUUCCGAGGUGUCUUCUCAUACCACCACACCAGGAGGAGCUUUGGAUGGUACCACUCGUUUAAUUAAGGUUGAAUCUGGUCAUCUUGCAGACGAAGAUGAAGAAGAUAUUGGCUCUGUUAAGUUGGAAGAGUCUACUACUACCGCUGCUAAAGCUUCUAAAGGUGUUGCUAAGGGUAAAGUCUCAAAGACCCAAAAGAAAGACAAGACUUCCCAUAAUAUGAUAGAAAAGAAAUAUAGAACCAAUAUCAAUUCAAAGAUAUUAGCCUUACGAGAUGCGGUUCCUUCUCUUCGUGUUGCUGCCGGUUCAAAGGACGUUUCUUUGGCUGACUUGGAUGGUUUAACUCCAGCUUCUAAAUUGAAUAAAGCAAGUGUCUUGACAAAGGCAACCGAAUACAUUAAGCAUUUGGAAAGAAGAAACAAGAUUUUAAAAGAUCAAAAUAUCCAGUUGCAAAAAUUAAUCCAAGAAGCCAAUUUACACCCUAAUGGAUAUCGUCAUAUUCAAUCGGUUCCUCCAAAUAUGCAACAACAGUUGCCUCCACCUCAACCUGGUACAUUUGGAUAUGUUCCUUCUCAAGCUAACGAGCAAGGGUUCAAUUCUUCCCCAAUUCAACAAUCAUACUCCAGCUCAUCUAACGAUAAUAAUUUUGCUUACUCAGCUGGUACCGAAGCUUAUGAAAUUCCGCCACAAAUUGGUCCACAAGGUUUCCAAAUGGUACCUCCACAACAACAACAACAUCAGCAACAUUAUGGUCAACAAAAGGGCUUGGGUAACAAGCUUUUGAUGGGUUCCAUGGCUGCCAUUAUGGGUACAUCAUUAUUUGGUGGCGAUAAUGGUGACUUUAAGGGCUUGAGCGCAAUCCCCAUGAUGUCGCUGGUGUUACCCCUGGCUGUCUUACAUCCUUCGCCAAUGACUGUACAGUUGUGGCAUUUUUUAAAGAUUAUUGUUGUUCUCGCUUCACUAACAAAUGUUAUAAUGCCAUACAUCAAGAGCCUUACAUCUGCCAAGAAAGCUGACCGUUCUAACAUUGACACCAAAGAUGAUGAGAAUAGCAAUUUAGUGAUCUUGAAGAACUGGUUACUUUGUCGAUUGGGAUUGAGCUUACCUAUUUGCUUAUCUGAAGGUAAAAAGCAACAAAUUUUGCUGAAGUUAAGUGGUGAAACUGUGGAUAAGGAUUUAUUGUACGACUACAUCCAAUUAUCUAGCAGUGAAGUUAAAUUUGAAAACUGUUUCUUAACUUUAUUGGUAGGCAAGAUGUUAGUAGCGCAAAAGCCAUGGACAUCUAAGUUUAUUGAUCGCCAAUUAUCAGUGACUGCAUCUCUUAUGCUCAAUUUGGAGUAUAGAGGAGAUAAUGAAUCCUUAAGAAGAUUGAGUACGUUAGUUAAAGAUGUUGACGGCUUGGGAUUAUUUGGUGCUGACUAUUUAGUGAAAAGAUUGAUGAAUUUGUCAAAGAAUAUUAAUAUCAACACUGAUAUCAAUGAUGGACAAAACCAUCUCAAGUAUAUUGAAGUCUACCAUGAGGAAUUAUCAAGCCAAUCCAGCUCUUAUUACAAUUUGGUUUUGAACUGGAGAAUUUUGGAUAUCAUUCACUUGUUAAACUUGAGUUAUUUGAAGACCAUAUCCGUUGGAGAAUCCACAGAAACUCUUAUUGCAGACUUGAAGAAAUUGAAGAAUUUAUUGGAUAACGAUUCCGCGUUGUACAACUAUUAUAGCAUGUUUUUCACUAUUGUUAACUGUGAGAACUCCCCAGAGUUGAUGAGAGACUUGCAUUCCCAUGUGGUUAAACUAUUGGAAUCUUUUAGAUUGAUCAGAGAAGGUCAAGAUUUGACUGAUCAUGAAAUCUUGGACACAGAUGAUGAAAGAGACACUAGUGAAGAAGAUUAUGAGGUUGUAGAUGGCUUUAAACCAACUAUUAAUGAACAAAAAACAUUAAUAACAUCCUUCAACAUGGUUAAUGCCGAGCAGUUUAUCGUCCUUACCUGUUCCACAUGCAUGAAGUACUACAGAGACGGGAAAUAUUCCGAGGCCUUGAAAUUGUUGAAACAUAUAAAAAAUGUGUCACUGAAGAGCAGCGAAUCAGAUUUACCAUCCUUAUCAUUUAUUGCUUUCACAGCUCUUGUUUCAUUAGUAAAUGAGAUCGUUGUUGAUAACAAAAUGGAACUUGAUGAAGCCAGCGAAUCGAUUUUGGAUGGCACCAUCAAGUUACUGAGGGAGUGGUUAGAUGAAUCGUCUUCAUUUAUGAAUGUAGACUUGAGGAAUAGUUUACUGGAUUUAGUUGUGAAAAAGGGUAUGGUUUUAAACGGGAUUGGCUUAGAUGAUUGUGACGAAUAA